UAUAUUAUUAUGUUCAGUCAACGAAUAGUGGUAUAUCUACGAACGGCCGCGACACUGUGAGUUGUAUGACGUGAAUAUGUGUGGAAAAAAUGGGGAAGCUAAAAUUUUCACCGUUUGUUAAACAAUGUAUAAUUGUCACAGCGGUAUGCAGCAACAUUGUGUGCAACAUUGGCUUCGUAUUUGGCUUUCCCGGUAUCCUCUUGCCGGCCCUCCAUCAACGAGACUCGGAUAUCCCACUUACAAACGUUGAAGACUCAUGGAUCGCAUCAAUAAUCAGCAUAGGUAUGCUGAUAGGCAACUUCGUCGUUUCAAGCAUCAUGGAUCGUUACGGACGCAAGGCGGCGCAGAUUAGCUCAAGUCUUCCAGCUAUCGUUGGGUGGUUUGUCAUUGCUCUGGCAGUUAAUGCUGAGAUGCUGAUAUUGGCGAGAUUCCUUCAAGGUGUAUCAAUAGGGUUUACGCUACCGUUGCGAUCAGUCCUUAUUGCAGAAUAUGUAAGCCCCAAAUACCGAGGAGGAUUUCUUACAACCUUAUCACUCGCUCGAGGCGUUGGGGUGUUUUUGAUACAUCUCAUGGGAUCUUUGAUUAGUUGGCAGAGGACCAGUGUUGUUUGCGGUGUGUUGGCCUUCCUGGGUCUUGUCAUAAGCUUCUAUCUGCCUGAAUCUCCAAGUUGGUUAGCUGUAAAGGGUAAAUAUGAAGAAUGUAGAAAGGCAUUUCGCUGGAUAAGAGGUGAUGAUGAAGAAAAGGAAUUGGAGGAGUUGAUACAAUCAAGAAUUGAAUUUAAAGAAGAUUUAGAAAAUAAAGGGCAACACGUGAAUCGUUUAAAGUUGAUAAAAACGGUUAUCUUUAAAAAAGAAUUUUAUAAGCCUAUAAUAAUAAUAACGCAUUGCUAUUUGAUGGUACAAGUGUGCGGGAACGCAACAAUGCCAGCCUUUUCAGUUCAAAUACUGAGUGCUAUGAUGGGUCCAAAGGCCAAAGCGCAUGUAUGGAUGGUUAUUUUAGAUUCAUUAAGAACUGUUGCUAAUAUUGCCGCCAUUUUCAUGAUCCACAGAUUCAAACGACGUACAAUUCUAUUUGCAACUGGAGGACUAUGUACACUUGUACACAUAUCUAUAGCUGGAUAUGUAUACGCUAAAAUGAAUAACUUACUAAUUUACGAUGCGCAAUGGAUAUCUGGAUCUUUAGUGAUAUUACAAUUUCUCUGCAUAGGUUUAGGAAUGAUACCAAUGCCUACUGUGAUAGCUGGCGAGGUCAUACCUUUAGAAUUUAGAAGUAUUAUAUCUAGUGUUAGCGCUGUAGUGGUUGCUGCAUUUAUGUUCGCUGUACUCAAGACAUUUCCUCUUUUAGUCGAUAGUGUAUAUUUAUACGGUACUUAUGCUAUAUAUAGUAGUGUUUUGACAUAUACCCUAGUUGUUCUAUGGAUUCUCUUACCAGAAACCAGUGGGAAGACUUUACAGCAAAUUGAAAUUGAACUUAAAGGAAAAGAUUUUCGGAAUGAGGACCUUGAAGCAAAAGUCAACUUAAAAUCAGAACAUGUUGAAGAAAACGAAAAUGGUACAGCUAGGAGAAAGGAAUAGAUACAUCUCACAGAGUGAUAUCAUUAUAGUAUGUUUGUGAUUAUGAUGUAGGAAGAUUGGAUCAUAAAAUAUUUUGGCUGCGAUCGUAAACGAAAUAGCUCGGUAACCAGUGGGAUUUAAAUGUAUUAUCUUCAAAAUGUAUCAGCUUUAUAUCACCGUUUGUGAAGUGUUUUGUUAGUUGUCAGCCUUAUGCCGGUAACAAGAGUGAAGGUUGGCCGCCUUUAUUCAGCAGUGGACUUGUGAAGGACUGUAAUGAUUAUGAUGAUGGGGAGCUGGCUGUAUCGCGUGUUUAUGCCGUAGUAGAAUCAAACGCCAGAAAAAUCUCAUGGCUUCCAACAAAUGGCGGUUUGUGUCAGACGGAAGAUGCGAGACAUCUGGACUGCGAUUGCAAACCAAGACCGAUGUUUCCUUUGUCCUACCUCCAAAUAAGUGAAUCUAUUAAUAAUCUAUAGUCUAUUUUGUCACCUUCUUGCUUGCAUUUUUAAUAGAAAAAACAUGUUUGGCGACUGCUCGUUUAUUCUUGUAAAGCGCACCGGCAGAUAUCACCGCUAUUGGUAUUACACUGCGACACAAUGCUAAGUUGAAUGCCUAUUUGUUGUUGCAUUAAUGAUAAUGUAACAUAAUAUAUUCAUGUGGUGUAAAUAUGUAUUAUGUAGCUUCAAAUAAAUAUGUUUCCUUCUU